AUGGGUCUUGGUACUCCAGGCGAAUUGAAAUACAUUCCCAGCGAGCAUCCCGGAAAGAUACUUGGAAUCCUGGAGACAUCCCGGUUCACCUCAAGAUGGCCUCAUUUCAAGAUUAUUAGCGCUUCAACUGUGACUUAUUCAGCUUCGAAGAGUCGGUCUCCGGAGAUAUCCACCCGACUCUGGAGAGAGCGGCAAACUCAAGAACGGUGGCUGCUCAAGUCUCACCCAGAAAUUGCAAUGGGCAAUUUGGCGUAUCAAGACGUUCUCAAGGCAGACAUGGAAGCACUCGAUAUUGCAGAUGAAGCCCCUAAUACCCGGCCCCUACUGGCCAUCGGACAUGCUCCUGAUCCAAGUGAUAAAUCAGGGUCUGGAAAGUUCCCCAUAAUGGCUGUCGCUUGUGGAGAAUCGGGAGAGCUCUUACGACUUGCUCGUAUGGAAGAUGUGCCGCUGCAGUGGGGAGAUAAUGCAAAUGCAUUCUUGAAUCUUCAGGGCAUUGAUCCGGCCAACAGGGAGGCAGAAUUGAUUUGGACUAAUGAUGGAUUGCCAAUUCGACAGAUCAAAUUUGCUGGGAACCAUUCGCAGGACGACGCCCCACGGUGGCUGAUGAUUCAAAAAGAAACAGCGACAACCAUUCUUAAACCGGAAUUCCGCCAGGUGCCCACCACCUCGAAUCAAUCAACGAGCAGUUUGAUUCGGGAACGACCGUCGUUGAUAAACCCAAAUCUGUUACUGGCUAUUCAGUAUCAUCAGACGGGAGGAAGUGCUCAUUCCGAUGUUGCACUGUUUACUACGGCAUCUGGCCGAUCACACCAACUUGCCAUUAUAGACGAGGGCGGGUAUUGGAGCAUAUGGGACCUUCCAGGAACUUGGCAGGUUCAACGAAAAGCCGCUCCCCAAUUGACUCUCAAUAAAUGUGGACAUAUUUCGGACGGCUUACUCAACGAAUUACCAUCUAUCCCAUCUCAUCCCAGUGAGAGACACGGGAUUCUUAUUUUGGAAGAGGCGUGGUCUGGCAAAAUAGAAAGCUCACCAUCCCCAUCCGCCCGCAAGACGACAGACGCUAUCACACGAUAUAUGCUGAUGUGGAACCAUGAGAGGAUGGAAGUGCUGGAUUUGGACGCAAACAUCUUGCUCCCAAGGCUGGGGCGCAUUAUACGGGAAAGAGGCAAGCUGGAUUGGAUCUUGGAUAUUCAUCGCAGUCCAACUAAACAAGGCCACGUUUUUAUUCUCACGCAAUACCAUAUCACUUGGGUCGAUGUGUUCAGCCGUGACGAAACAGGAGCGGGACCAUUAAAGCCGUCUAUACUACUCUCAUGUCCGCAUUUGGGAACUAAAAAGGAUGACUCGAGGAUGUUUGUUUGCCGAGCGUCAGAUGAUGACGACGACACAUCGCUGGUCUUUAUCUACUAUCCACGAAUGGGUCAGCUUUGUAUUUUCUGGUUCACAUUUUCGCCUGUGACCAAAAUGCCGCAGUGGCAUCGAGACAUUAUCUCACUUCCGGGUAGCGAGGACGCGGAGUUCCCAGCAAAGAAUGUGAUUAACUUUCUCAGAGUUGACCCAGUCCAACUCGCCGUCUCGGUUAAAGAAAAUGCGUCGAGUCCAGGGAUAGACUACCAUAAAAAGGGGGCUCAAUUUUACCAACUUACUUUCUUGGGUACAGAUUUCAGCCUGCAGCGUUGCCUAUGUGCCACGUCCGACGACCCGAAACUUGAAAUCCAAGAUCCCACAACGCCCGUUGCGUGGGCCGAAGCUAGGCAACAAAAACAAAAAGAAAAAACGAGAAGAACAGCCAUGGCACAGAUUUCCAGCUCGUUUAUUUUCCCCGACGAGAUGACUGUCGACGAAGUUGAGACGCUUUUGAACGGCAAAGAGGUCGAAGAUGAAGGAGAGUCUGACGAUGAUGUUGAUAGCUCAGCGGUUGUUCGGCCGACUCUGGUCAAAAUGGAUAAAGUAUAUCAGGCUCUCCAAAGCUCUCUAGAAGUUUCAAUAAACCAGGGAGAAACUGGCCUCCCUUCUCAAUUGUUUGACGCUCUUAGACAGUGUCUCAACGAUGGAUUCGACCAGGGGAGGCUACCACUACUGACGUGGGGCGAAGUUGCUGAAGUGAUGCUGCGGGAUCCGACAUUUGAACCAGCUGACGAUCCCUUGAGAGACGAAAUAGAGAGGAUGCUAGAUGAAAAUAACGAAAAGAUUGUCGUCACGCCACUUCAGCUGUAUAGCCAGGACAAAAUGCCCAUGUCACUGGUCAGCUUACAAUAUCUACAGCGGUAUUUUUCUGACAUAUGGAUCGAUCCGGUAAAGGGUAUUCUCACGGAGGAUAUGCAACAAAUUCGACGAAUCUGGAUCACCGAAUUAGCUAGAGACGCCUUCUUAUCUAGCUAUGGGAUCAUGUAUCAGGAUACUCCAUUGCUUGGGCCCAGUAGCUCUGAGGUGCCGGAGGAGGAUACUCAGAGAUCUCGGACGGGGCGUCAGAUUGGUAGCUCCCAAAUCACCACGUCAUCGAGAUCAGGUUCUAGGGACAUAGGAUCUUCGCCUGCUGCAUCGCCCGCUGCAUCGGCAAUCUUCAACGGGCCGGAUGAGGCAGUUCAGCGAUUACGACUCCUGGCACAAUCUUUGGACACUGAAAAGCCGGAUGUUUCAAAGCGAUCCAAAGUGCUAGCAUACUGGCCACAAGAACGGGGCGUUGAUCCAAACGACUACGUAUCGAGCGUAGCACGAGCUAACGAGGAGCUCUUCAGAGACGCCAAAGAACGGCUACAGAGGAUCGAGGCAAAGCGCAAAGCGCGAUCGGAAAAGUUCAGGAGGCCGGCAUUCAUGAGACAGGGGCUUCCAGAUAUCAAUCCCAUAGCACCGGUGCGGCCGCCCCCUGUGCAGGUCAUGUCGAGCCAGGGGGCUCCAGAUGCGACUCAGCAGCAGCCGGCUGUGACGAUGAGCCAGCCUGUUUCUGGAUUGUUUGGAGAUCGGAAGAAGAAGAAGGUGAAGAGAAAGGGCGGAUUUAGAUGA